AUGGCAUCCUCAUCUUUUCAGAUCUCUGCAUUACUUCUGGCUGCUCUGGGUAUCAUAAUUUUACUUAUUGCCACUGCGUCCAAUAGCUGGAAAACUUCCAGUUCAACAAACACAGUUAAUACUGCAGGUCAGAUUUAUGAAGGUCUCUGGAUGAACUGUGCAACUUCAGUUCAGUGUAAGAGCUUCUAUUUCUUCCUAAGUUUAGACACUUAUAUUCAAGCAUGCCGAGCCCUGAUGGUCACUUCCCUUGUCUUGGGUCUGCUUGGUACUCUGGUGACAGUGUUUGGUUUAGAGUGCACUCAACUCGGGAGCACUACUAAAUACACAAAAGCAAAGAUUGCCACGAUAGGAGGAAUAGUGUUCAUUUUGUCAGGUCUUUCAUCGAUGGUGGCUAUUUCUUGGUAUGCAUCGAGAAUCACGGCUCAGUUUUUUGAUUCAUUAUAUGCUGGAACUAAAUAUGAACUAGGAGUCGCAUUGUACAUAGGCUGGGCUGGCUCCCUGCUCUCUAUGCUAGGUGGGAUGCUCCUGACAUUCUCAUGCAAAGGAAGCAAAAGACAGAAACAGAGAAACUACCAUUAUGAUCCUGCUGCUACCCAGAGAGCUACUGAACCAUGUAUUUACAACAAAAUGUCGGAGACAGUCACAUCUGCCAAAGAUUAUGUUUAG